AUUAAAUUUGUGUUAAAAUGGAUUCGAUUGCUUUUUAUUUUAACAAUGAUGAAGAUGAAAGUAGUUCCGCAAGUGUAAGAAGGUCCGUGAGGGAUAGAGCACCUAACAUUUUUAAACUGACAGACAUAGAGUUUAUUAAACAAUUUCGAGUAAAUAAAAAUGCAUAUAAACAUAUUUCAAGCAUAAUUUGCGGUAAAAUUCCUCCCGUGAUAAAAUCCACAGCAAUUAGUCGGCAACAAAAGCUAUCUUUAUGUCUGCGAAUCUUAGCAGAAGGAAGCUACCAAAAUGCUGUUGGCAAAGACUACAUGCUUGGUAUGGCUCAACCAACAGUUUCUAAGAUAUUUUCAGAGGUUAUUGAUAUUCUGGAAAACGAGUUGUGUGAUAAGUGGUUGAAUUUAAAAAUGAAUGACGAGGAGCAAAUGGAGUCUCGGAGUUACUUUUACAACAAAUCGAAAAUUCCCGGGAUUGUAAUGUGCAUUGAUGGUACGCACAUAAGGAUAGCAAAACCUACAGGCUCAAACUCUCACCUUUUUUAUAAUAGAAAAGGCUUCUAUAGUCUCAAUGUGCUUGUUAUAUGUGAUCAUAAACAGCGCAUAAGGUACGUUAACGCGAAAUACCCAGGGUCAGCUCACGAUUCAUUUGUUUGGUCUAACAGCGACGUAUCACAAUACUUCCAAGCACAAUAUGAAGGUGGUAAUCGAAAUCUGCGACUAUUAGGUGACGCAGGGUACGGUCUCGCACCCUGGCUUAUAACUCCUUUUCGGAACCCUGCACCUAAUACUCCUUCAAGUCGCUUUAACAAAUGGCAUAGUUCUGGGCGAAACAUUAUAGAGAGAACUAUUGGUGUUUGGAAAAACUGGUGUAGAUGUCUUCUGUCUGCGCGCCAACUUCAUUAUUCUCCUGAAAAGGCUGUGAAAAUAAUCAAUGUAGCUGCGGCACUACACAAUUUACGCAUUCACUACAAUAUCCAUGAUGAGUAUCUUGAUCACGUAACUAAUGAGGAAGAUUCAGACACCGAUUUCCAAGAAAUCGAGCGACCGGAGAGGUAUUAUACUGAAGCAGUUCAACUACGUAAUCAAAUGCUCCAAAGUUUUUUGUCAUAAGUUUUAUUUUAUUAUAAAUAAAAUUGCUGCCUUCAUGGC